UAUAACAUAAAAGCCGAAAACCGGACAUCAAACUUCUUAGCAACUGACUGCAAAGUUUAAAAACCACCGGUAACGACGACUUAUAUGUCGCUGAAGAACUACCUUCAGUUCGUAUAAACCUCAAUUGCUUGCUUUUCAAGCCUCAAAAUCUCCGUGAUAAUGUUGCCGCAAAAGAUGAAGAAGGUUAUCACAGAUAACCCGAAGAAACUUGCAACCUUGAUUGAUCUUGUUAACUUACCUUCAACACUUAGAGAGUUUGUUGGACGGUCUCAAAGUUCUCGGCUAGGUUGUUUUCGGCAUGUUUGGUCCUACAUAAAAGAUAACAAUCUCCAGGAUCCAAACAACAAAAACAUAGUUCAUUGUGAUGAAAAACUGAAGAGUAUUCUGUUGGGAAAAACUCAGGUGGAGCUAGCUGAACUUCCUAUGCUAAUUAAGCUGCAUUUUCCAAAGGUGCAAAAGUGAUUUUAGUAUCUAAAAUUCAUAAAUGUAUAAAUUAACAUUAUGCAACAAACCGUUUCUUCUUGUAGUUGACUGUUUGACAUUAUAUAACUAUAAAUGCCUGUUUUUAUAACGCUCGUUUGAACACAAA